UAAAAAUACCUGGAAAAACUCAGGUCUGGCAGCAUCUGCGGAGAAGAACACAGUUAAUUUUAAUUUUCACAUCGAUUGGGAGAAGCUAAACAAUUUCAUCACUCCUGGUCUAAAGUCUUCAAAACACUACGGGGAGAAGGAUAAUCCAUGUUUAACCCACCCCAGGAUCAGCCGUGAUGCCCUCAUGGUUGAAUAAACCAGGUUAUCUCAAACCACCAACAUCCUCCUGACCCUGUAUAAAGGGGUGAUCAAAAAGCUCUGUGAGGGACAGUGGAGAUCCUGCUCUGGAUUGUCCAUCACCCUGUUUGACAGUCAGACUGUUCAUACAGUGACUGACCCCCACUUUGGUAUCACAUUUCAACCUUCCAAGUAUUCCUGUUUCUCGUCAUUUCAGUCAGGAAUUCACUCACAUCACAUGUUUCCUGGUUAUGAUGAUAAACAACAGACCUGCCCUUGGGUUAUCCUGAAUUCCUCACUCCAGAUGUUCUCUGGUCAGGAGGGUCUCCUCAAUAUCUCUGUGUAUAAAUAUUCGCAAACUGUCCCAUUAAUGUUUUUUUUUAUAGAGACUAACUCACUGACUGUGAUUAUCACAGCAAACUCUGGAAUCACAGAUUUUCCUGAAUUUACGAAAGUGGCGAUGGUUAAUGGAGUUCAGGUUAAUUAUCAUGACAGUCAUAUUCAACGGAGCGUCCCCAGGCAGCAGUUCAUGGCAGACUCUUUCGGUGUGGAAUUCUGGGAAUAUCUCACAGACCUUGUGAAAUCAUUUUCCGACGGGGCAAUGGAGAAUCUGAAUACGAUAUUGAAGAGCACAAACCAGACAUCCGGAAUCCAUGUUUUCCAAUGGAUCACUAUUAUUGAGGUCACUGAAGGUGGCUCCACGAAGAGAUCGAUGCGGUAUGGAUUUGAUGGAAAGGACUAUAUUAGUUUAGAGCCAGACAGAAUGAGAUGGGUCGCCACCAAUCACAUUGCGGUGAAGACUAAAGAGAAAUGGAAUUCUGAUGAAUCUUGGAACAAGUAUUGGAAAUGGCAGUUGGAAAUAGGUGUCCAGAAUUUAAAUAGAUAUUUACAAGCUGGAAAGGAAUAUUUCAAAAGGAAAGUUCAGCCUGAAGUGUUCAUCUCCAGAAGUGGCCCCAAUAGUCAGUACAAGCCACUCACUCUCUCCUGCCUGGUUACUGGGUUUUAUCCUGUAGACAUCGAGGUGAGCUGGCUAAGGAAUGGAGAGGUAAUGUCUGAGACACUGUCCUCGGGGGUUCGACCCAACCACGAUGGGACCCAUCAGAUCCAGAAAGAGAUUGAAAUAAAUGCUGGGGAUGAGGAUCAAUACUCCUGUCAAAUUGAACACAGCAGCCAGGCAGAGACCCAGCUCUCUCAGUGGGACAUCCCGGGAAACAGUGCAGGAUGCUCCCAUCUUGGAAUGAUAUUUGGAUUAGUCGCUGCACUGGCUGCUCUACUUCUGAUAAUCGGAAUAAUCAUCUGGAAAAGCAAACAGAGAGAUUCACCAAAUGUGACCUACACAACAGCGCAGAAUCCCUUGAUCCCCUCGGUGCUGCAGAAUUGAUGGAUCUCACUGCAGAAUGUACUCAUUACCUGAUCAUCCACAACCCUCUGGAUGGACAAUUCCAAAGAUUCACAACUCUCUAAGUGAAGACAUUUCCCCAUCUCAGCCCAAACUGACUGAUCCCUUAUCCUGAGACUGGGAAUUCUGGAUCUAGACUCUCCAGACAGGGGAAAGAGAUUCUCAAUGUCUUCCCAUCAAAUCCUCUCAGAAUUUUAUCUGUUUCAAUGAGAUCACCUCUUAGUCAAGUCAACACUGGAGAAGAUAGGAACAUUCUACUCAAAUUCCACAGCAGGAUUCACUGUCCUUCUCCAGUCAAUUAUCCUCCACUCCCUCACCCUCCAAUCUCUCACCCUCCAUUCUCUCACCCUCUUUUAUUUUCUCAGUUUCUAAUGUCACUGUUCCAGAACGUUCCAAGACUUAAAGGGGAGCCGAUGAUGUAGUGAUAUUGUUGCAGCACUAGUUCUCCAAACACCCAGGGUAAUUCUCUAGGGCCCUGAAUACAAAUCCCACCAUAACAGAUAACCAUAACGCUGUCUCACCCACCCAGACACUGGUAAAUCCUGUCAGACUAAUUUCACUCCCCUCCUGACCCUGUCUCACCCUCGCAGACACUGUUAAAACCUGUCAGACUAAUUUCACUCCCCUCCUGACCGUGUCUCACCCUCCCAGACACUGUUAAAACCUGUCAGACUAAUUUCACUGCCCUCCUGACCCUGAACCGAUUGUCCUGUUUCUGUCCAUUCCUUACCUCGUGGGUUUACUGUGUUCCACUGCAGGACAUUCCCAGAGCCUCAUUGAUGAAUAACUGGAUUUGCCUGUUCUAGUGUGAACAUGGACAUCAUCGUCCAUCCUUCCAUAUCACAGCAGACAGACAGAUUCACAGCUCAUUGUUUACACUGAGUGCUUUGAUGAUGGAGAUCUAUUUUUCCUGGGAAUGUGCUUCCACAGAUUGAACAGUGGAUCCUGGAUCCACCAGGUUGGGAUCCUGAUUCUUCAAGUGAGACUUUCUCAAGUAGCAUUUCCAUCCAGUAUCCACAGUGUGACGGCUCUCACAGUCAAAGGGAACUUCAAGGAUGAUUUUUCCUCACACUCGCUUAUCUUCAACAAGGUUCAGGUUGAAUGAUUGACCUGAGCAGAGUAAAUGUUGUGAGGCAACUGAGAGAGAGACACAUUUUAUAUUGAUAGAAGCUGAUUUAUUUUGCACUUUCUGUUAUGUUAGAUUUACACUUAUUUAAUGUACAUUUGUAAAUUUUACAACUAAAAUCUAUUUACAGAGAUAAAACACAUUUAUAUCUUCAAAGUUUCACUACAAAUGCUGAUAAAUGUGGUUUGUUGUCAAUAAAUAAUUGUCAGUA